AGCAUAAUGGACUUCAUGCCCAUCAAAUAACACCAACCCACGGAAUCAUAGAACUCCAUCACUCGACUGUUGGGUACGUUUUUUGUGUUUGAACAAUCGUUAAUGCUUCCCAGUGGAGGGAAAUUCAUACCCACCAUACCUUCUCAAACUCCAUUCAAAACGUUUCUUUCUUUCUUCCAAUUCUCCAAAACCCUAUCUCACACCCAGCAACUACACGCCCAAAUCAUCAUCAAUGGACUCCACCGUUCAGUUCUCUUCGGAUCCAAGCUCUCCAAUGCCUACAUUGAUAUGGGUUCCCUCCAAUUGGCCUCCAAAUCCUUUAACCAAAUCCCCCGCAAAAACCCAUAUUCAUGGAACACCAUAAUUUCCGGAUAUUCCAAGCAAAAACAUUCGUAUGAAGUUCUAAAGCUGUUCAGACAUAUGCGAAACGAGUCCCAUGGGGUCGAUAGCUUCAAUUUAGUGUUUGCAAUUAAAGCUUGCGUUGGUUUAUCGCUUUUGCUACAUGGAAAAUCAGUUCACUGCUUGGUCUUUAAACAUGGGUUUGAGAGAGACCCGUAUAUUGUGCCUGUGCUUAUAAAUAUGUAUACCGAGUUGGGUUGUUUGGAUAAUGCAGAGAAAGUGUUUGAAUCUGUUCCUGAGAGGAAUGUUGUUAUUUGGGGUGCCAUGAUGAAAGGGCACUUGAAAUUUUCAAACGAAUUUAAAGUUUUUGAGUUGUUUUCCGAAAUGAGAAGUUCCGGUUUUGAAUUGGAUCCAUUUACGUCUGAGAGUUUGAUUCGGGCGUGUGGGAAUGUUUAUGCUGGUAAAGAAGGGAGAGCAUGUCAUGGGUUUUGUGUAAAGCGAAAUUUCAUUGAUUAUAGCAUGUGUUUGAAGGCAUCACUUGUGGACAUGUAUAUGAAGUGUGGUUUAGCCGAUUUAGCCAUGAAAUUGUUUAUCGAAAUACCUGAGAAGGAUGUAGUUUUGUGGACUGUGAUGGUUACUGGGUUUGUGAAAAAUGGUAGAGCUUGGGAAGCUGUUGGCUGCUUCAAACAGAUGUUUGAAGAUUCUGCUACUCCAAAUUCAGUCACGUUAUCUGGCAUUCUUCUUGCUUGCACACACAUGGGUUCUUUGCAACAUGGAAAGAGUGUUCAUGGGUACAUGUUAAGAAAUGGGGUUGAGUUGGAUAUGGUGAAUUGUACUUCUUUCAUUGACAUGUAUGCCAAAUGUGGUUGUAUUGCAGCAGCUAACAAAUUUUUCAAUCAGAUGCCCAAGAAAAAUGUGUUUACUUGGAGUGCAAUGAUCAAUGGAUUUGGAAUGCAUGGGCUGUACUCUGAAGCAAUUGUUGUUUUUAACCAAAUGAGAUCGGAAGAUCAAGUACCCAAUGCCGUCACGUUUGUUUCUGUUCUGUCAGCUUGUAGUCAUUCUGGAAGGGUUGAAGAAGGAUGGAACUAUUUUAAAUCAAUGAGUAGGGAUUAUGGAAUUGCACCAACAGAGGAACAUUUUGCUUGCAUUAUAAAUUUGUUAGGUAGGGCAGGAAAGAUGGACGAAGCUUUGUCCAUCAUAAGUAACAUGCCCAUGGAUCCUGGAGCUAGUUCAUGGGGAGCUCUGUUGAGUGCAUGUAGAAUUCAUAAGCGAAUUGAGUUAGCAGAAGAAGUGGCCAAGAGGCUCCUUCCCUUAGAGACUGAUAGUUCUUCUGUGUAUGUUUUGCUUUCUAAUAUUUAUGCUGAUCUUGGGAUGUGGGAUAUGGUGAAGAAGAUAAGAAUGGAAUUUGAUGAGAAAGGAGUUCAUAAGAGUGCUGGUUUUGCCUCGAUUGAGGUUGAGAAGAACUUUUAUAUAUUCAGGUCAGAGGAUAAAGGGACUUACGAUAACACACAAAUCAAGGGUGUGUGGACUUCUAUACAUGAGCAAAUGAGAGAACUUGGUUAUGUGCCAGAUAUUGGAUUUGUUCAUCAUGAUAUAGAUAAUGAGUUGAAGGCGGAAGUCCUUGGUGGCCAUGGAAAGAAACUGGCAAUCAUCUGAGUACUGAAGAAGGAAUGCUCAUUAUGGUCACAAAAGCUAGAGACUUUUGUUGCAAUUGUCCUUCUAUGGACAAGUCAAUUCCUUGGCUAACUAGGAGGAAGAUUAUAAUGAGGUAAACUAAGACAUGAAAACGAUAUUUGUUCUUCUGGGUUCUAUUGGUGACAAUGAUUGUUGAACCGGCCUAAGUCCAGGAAGUAAAUUUUUUUAAAGUAUCAAUGCAAUCCUGGAUUAUGAAGAAAGAAAGGUUUCUUAUAUGGCUUGCUGCUUCUGAUAAUUUACUCUUGAGGUUGGGGCAGCCAAAAAUUAAUGCAUUCCCAAUUAGUUUGGUUGGUGCAUCUAUUUUAUAGUUGACCAUUUUGUUGUUCAGCUCUGGGUCUUCCAAUCAUCCCUAUGUAAUUGGAAUUUCUGACAGGACAUUUUUAGGAAUUUACAGCUAGGUCAAAACUAUCCAUGCAACUCUCAAUUGUACUCACACCAUGCUUGUGUUGUUGAUACAGAAAAUUUUGUAA